GUGCAUGCGCACGCUCUCUCUGUCUCUUAUAAAAGAUGACGUAGCGCAGCUCCAACUUCGACUCGCUGUGACGUUGGUGAUUCCUGUGGGCGUUGCUGCUCCGCUGCCUAACUUUGAGAAGUGCUGUGGGAGAGAGGAGCGCAGGAAUCUGUCGAGCUGAGGCGGAAUGUGGCGCGGAUUUCGCUGCGCUUUCCUCUCCUCCUUCACUUUGUUGUUGUGACUGACUUCGGUUGAUUUUCGGCGUCAUCAAACAGAAACAUGCAGCCUGACGCGGAGCUGCGCCCCUGCCGCCUCUAGCAGGCUGUUUACCCGCGUGGAAACGCUCAGUCGCAUGUCGUGUUUGCGCAGAAGCUCCGUGCGUAACGCCGCCUCUCCAUGGAGGACUGCUGGAGGAGCCGCUCACUGCGAUCAACUCUUUAACUGACACUUGAAACGAGAUGAAUCUAGACCAGGACGGAAUCUCAUUCCCGGUUCCCAGCUUUUGUUCCGGCAGAGAGACCGUCAGCGGGGAACAUCCCAGCAGCACCGGCGCUGGAGGAGGCGGCGGCGCUGCCGGGAUCCCAGCAGCCGGGACUUUCUGGCAGGACCCGCUGCUCCCAGGCAGCAGGGUCAGUCCCACCUCCGGGGAUGAGCUAAUGGAGGGCGGGGGGUUGCUGUCCACCUGUAAGCCCGGUAAAAGCAGACCGGUGACGGUGGCUUACGUGGUGAACGGCGAGGCGAGCCCGCAGAACAACGCGGAGAGCAUGGCCCUGCAGUGUCUGAAGGACGCGUGCGACCGGGUGGGCAGCAAACUGGACACUGUCAACUUUGGGAGGCUGGACUUUGGGGAGACCACAGUUUUAGACCGGUUCUACAACGCAGACAUCGCUGUGGUGGAGAUGACGGAUGCUUUCCGCCAGCCCUCGCUCUUCUACCAUCUGGGAGUCAGAGAAAGCUUCAGCAUGGCCAACAACAUCAUCCUGUACUGUGACACUAACUCUGAAUCCCUUCAGUCUCUGCAGGAGAUAAUUUGCCAGAAGAACACUACAUGCUCCGCUAACUACACCUUCAUCCCUUACAUGGUGACGCCCCACAACAAGGUGUACAGCUGCGAGAGCAGCCUGAUGAAGGGUCUGACGGAGCUGAUGCAGCCGAGCUUUGAGAUGCUGCUGGGACCCAUCUGCCUGCCGCUGCUGGACCGCUUCAUUCAGCUGCUCAAAGUGUCGCAGGCAAACUCCCACCAGUACUUCAGAGAGACGAUUCUGAAUGAGAUCCGUAAGGCUCGGGAGCUUUACACCGGCAUGGAGCUGGCUGCCGAGCUGAAUCGAAUUCAGCAGCGGCUGGACAACGUAGAGUGCCUUUCAGUGGAUGUGGUCAUCAACCUGCUGCUGACGUACAGAGACAUCCAGGAUUAUGAGUCCAUUGUGAAGCUGGUUGAAACUCUGGAGAAGCUUCCGACCUUUGAUCCCAUGGCUCAUCCACAUGUGAAAUUCCACUAUGCCUUUGCACUGAACCGGAGAAACCAGCCAGGCGACAGAAAAAAAGCGCUGGACAUCAUGCUGCCCAUGGUGGAGGGGGAGGAGCAGGUCGCCUCGGACAUCUACUGCAUGGUGGGACGGAUCUAUAAGGACACCUUCCUGGAGUCUCACUUCACGGACACGCAGAGCCGGGACAGAGGCACAGUCUGGUUUAAAAAGGGGUUUGAGUCCGAGCCAACACUACACUCUGGCAUCAACUAUGCUGUUUUGCUGCUGGCAGCUGGACACCAGUUUGACUCGUCCAUUGAACUUCGCAAAGUGGGAGUUAAGCUGAGCAGCCUGCUGGGUAAGAAAGGCAGCCUGGACAAGCUGCAGAGUUACUGGGACGUGGGCUUCUUUCUGGGUGCCAGCAUACUGGCCUGUGACAACACCAGGGUCAUCCAGGCUUCUGAGAAACUCUUCAAGCUCAAAGCCCCCGUCUGGUACCUGCGCUCUCUGGUGGAGACCGUCCUGAUCUACCAGCACUUCAAAAAGCCCGGCUCCGAGCCGCCGGCCCCCAAACAGGAGCUGGUAGACUUUUGGAUGGAUUUCUUGGUGGAGGCGACCAAAAAAGACGUCUCCUCUGUCCGAUUUCCUGUGUUGAUUUUAGAGCCAACAAAAGUCUACCAGCCCUCGUAUUUGACUAUAAACAAAGAUGUGGAUGGCGAUACGGUGUCUAUCUGGCACGUUGCCCCUGAUGACAAGAACAAGGGGAUACAUGAGUGGAACUUCAACGCUACGUCUGUUCGAGGUGUCAGCAUCUCAAAGUUCGACGAGCGCAGUGCCUUCCUCUACGUGCUUCACAAUGCAGAGGACUUCCAGAUCUAUUUCUGCACAGAGAUGCACUGUAAAAGAUUUUGUGAUUUGGUGAACAGCAUAACAGAAGAAGCGGGAAAAGGUGCAGAAGAAGGAGACUGUGAUGCAGAUGUCUUAGAGUAUGACUAUGAGUACGACGAACACGGAGAGAAGGUGAUCCUGGGAAAGGGUACGUUCGGAGUGGUGUACGCGGGCCGUGACCUCAGCAACCAGGUGCGCCUGGCCAUCAAAGAAAUACCAGAGCGAGACAGCAGAUAUUCCCAGCCCCUCCAUGAGGAGAUUGCCCUCCACAAGCACCUGAAGCACAAGAACAUCGUCCAGUACCUGGGCUCUAUCAGCGAAAAUGGUUUCAUCAAAAUCUUCAUGGAACAGGUGCCUGGAGGAAGUCUGUCGGCGCUGCUGAGAUCUAAAUGGGGCCCUCUGAAAAACAACGAGUCCACCAUCGGCUUCUACACGAGGCAGAUCCUGGAGGGGCUCAAGUACCUGCACGACAACCUGAUAGCACACAGGGACAUCAAGGGUGAUAAUGUCCUUAUUAAUACCUACAGCGGCGUCCUGAAGAUAUCAGAUUUUGGCACAUCUAAGAGAUUAGCUGGAAUCAACCCCUGCACCGAAACCUUUGCAGGCACACUGCAGUACAUGGCCCCUGAAAUUAUAGACAAGGGUCCGCGAGGAUAUGGCAAACCAGCAGACAUCUGGUCUUUGGGCUGCACCAUCAUAGAGAUGGCAACUGGUAAACCCCCGUUCUAUGAACUGGGAGAGCCGCAGGCGGCCAUGUUUAAGGUGGGAAUGUUUAAGAUUCACCCAGAAAUCCCAGAGUUAAUGUCACCAGAAGCCAAAGCCUUUAUUCUGCGCUGCUUCGAACCCGACCCAGAUCGGCGCGCCACCGCCUUCGACCUGCUCACAGACGAGUUCCUCACCGUGACCAGCCGCAGGAAGAAGAGCAAGAGCAACCUCAGUGCUCCUUCCUCGGGUGCAGAGUACCUCCGUAGCAUCUCCCUGCCGGUGCCGGUGGUGGUGGAGGACACCAGCAGCAGCAGCGAGUAUGGCUCCGUCUCCCCUGACAACGACCUCAACACCAACCCAUUCAUCUUCAAGCCCAGCGUCAAGUGCUACAGCGAGAGGGAUGUCAAGGGGCCCAGGUCCCUCUUUCUCAGCAUUCCAGUGGAGAACUUUGAGGAUCACAGCGCUCCUCCGUCUCCCGACGAGAAAGACACAGGCUUCUUUAUGCUCCGCAAGGACAGCGAGAGGCGAGCCACGCUGCACCAAAUCCUGACCGAGGACCAAGACAAGGUUGUGGCCAACCUGAUGGAGGCCCUCACACAGGGCUCUGAGGAAAUUAAAGUAAAACCGCAGCACAUCUCCAUCCUCGUAGUGAGUCUGGCUGACUUUAUCCGCAUGGCCGACAGGAAGAUCAUUGCCAACACCUUGUCUCAACUCAAACUGGACCUGGACUUUGACAGCACCGCCAUCAGCCAGCUGCAGGUCAUACUGUUCAGCUUCCAGGAUGCUGUGAACAAAGUGCUACGAAACCACAACAUCAAGCCUCAUUGGAUGUUUGCUCUGGACAACAUCAUCCGUAAAGCAGUGCAGACCGCCAUCACCAUCCUGGUGCCAGAGCUGAGGCCUCACUUUAGUCUGGCCUCAGAAAGUGACCCGGCCGAUCAGGAUGACAUUGGCGAUGACGUUGAGCCUUGCAGGAAUUCCAACCACCAGAGUCGUGCGCCCAACAUCACCGCUCACGACGACACGGUGGCCACCUCGGGAGUCAGCACACUCAGCUCCACCGUCUCCCACGAAUCAUCCCACAAUGCACAGCGCUCUGUGAGCAUGGAGCUGGGCAGGAUGAAGCUGGAGACCACCAGGCUGCUAGAGGAGCUGCUGCAAAAGGAGAGAGAGUACCAGGCCAUCCUGCAACAGGUGCUGGAGGAAAGAGAGCAAGAGAUCCGACUGCUGAGGAUGAGAUCUGAACCUGCAGAUACCCCUGCUACAUCAGAGGACCUGCAGCAUCCAAGCGGCCAGUCCGCAGAAAGACACGAAGACCCAGAGCUGACCAGCUGGCUGAGGCGCUGUGGUGCUGACCAGAACUCUAUAGACAUGAUACUGACCGAGGAGUACACCUUGAAUGACAUCCUACAUUAUGUGACAAGAGAUGAUCUGAAGAGUUUAAGACUGAGGGGUGGAGUUUUCUGUAAACUAUGGAAGGCCAUCACAGACCACAGGCAGAAGCUGACCUGAAGCCUUAAGUGGAAACGUUCCCUCCCAGAAGCCAACCGUUCGGGAUGCUUUUGGGUUUGUUUGUUUUUUACCUCAGUAUUUAUAGGAACAAGACUUUCCGGAGAAGCGCUCGUGUUUACUGUAAGCACAGGGCCGCUUCACAAGUCUCUGCAGGAGUAUUUUGUCAUUUAAAACACAGAUUUUGGAUUCCAGAUGAUUUUUGAAACAACAAUUACUAAAAAGUGCCACAAGUUUGUUUUUUGCCUGUUGGAUAUGAUGCAUUUUUGUCACAGGCGUAUUUAAAAAUACAUUUGAUGUGGGGAAAGUAACUGAAUCUUGUCAAAUAAGAAGACACUUUUUUCUGUUUUUACAAGAUAUAACGUUUACCAAAAUGGGGGCAAACCAUUUUCUAACAAGCCUGAGAUAUAAAGUACUACAUUCAACGUCAUUCUUAAAAAUCUUAGUUUCUUAUCACUACUUUAUUUAAAUGGAUUUUAUUUAAUUGUUGUAAUCUGGAGCAUGUCGGUGCAUGCUUUCUCUUUUUAAUAUUUUUUUAUUUAAAUGUGGUUUCUUUCUUACACAUCUCCUUUUACAGAACAGACCUGCGGGUUUAUUGCUAAGAAUAUUUUUUCAUGUGAAUAUUGUGUUAUAAAAUUCUAUGAGAAUGAGAUUUAUGUACUUUAUAGAAGAUAUUGGUAAAGGUAGUCAAGUCUCAUGUCUUAUUAAUACGUGGGAAAACUGAUUGUAUAUAGUUGUAUUUUUUAGUCUCAAAUCACAGGAGAUGGUAUUUAGUUAAUACUGAAUUAACAUUCCAUCAUGAGAUUAUUUGCUUUUGCUGUUCCACCCUGACUAAAAUGUGUUUAUCUUGCUUGUGUUCCUUCAGUCAGACGUGCACUGUGGUGGCAAAUGUGUGAUGCAAAAAAACGUUUGUCAUUUAUGAGCCUUUUUUAAACCAUCUUGUCAGAAAUGGAGGAAAUAUUCAUGCAGUUUGUCCAUUUUGGUUUUAUAUCUAAAAUGUUUCAAUAUUUUUGUGUCAUUAUAAUAAAAAACUGUUGAAAAU